AUCCAAAAGCAAUUUCCGGCCUAAACGUGCCGUGCCAGCGAAGAAGAGGCAAACUCAUCUCUGAAACCCUGGACUAGGCAGCCGACCGGGCCAAAAUCGGAGGAUGAUGAAUCUUCGAUUCUUCGCCUCUCUUGCGACGGGAAGGCUGUCCUCACGCCGGAUCUGCGGCCAGGUCAUAGGACCGGCAAGGCACCAGCUCUCUAAGAACCUCCGUGUUGGUGUGCGCGGAUUUGGCUCUGACAGGUUGCCCAUUGGCCAAGCCAAAGGCUUGUCACUUGGCCCUGUUGUCUCGCUGGGUUCCUUACCUGUCUUAGCCGGAGGCAUAUGGUACUACCUCAAAACGAAUCCAGAGGAGCCACCGCCAGUUGCCAUGAACCUUGCCUGGUUUGCGACUGCAGCUCAGAAGCCCGUCGUCGAGGAGGACCCGGAGGAGAAAGCCAUGAAGAAGAGAUUCGAGGAGUGGAUGGUGGUGCACAAGCGCAGAUACAAGGACGACGAGGAGAAGGCGUGGCGCUACGAGCUGUUCAAGGGGUGUGUCAAGCGGGUGAACGAGCUCAACGCCGCAUCACGGCCGGGUGAAGCCCGGUACAAACCAUACCGAUAUGCUGACUUUACCAAGGAAGAGAGGAGCAAAGUACACGGAAUCGUGGUCAAACCAUCUAUGUUCGACGAGUGGAACGAGGAGAAGAGGCGCAAAACACAAGGGGGUCAUGACGGCGGCGCCGACGAGGACGACUGGGAAGAACAGAUGCGCCUGAUACAAAGGGGUCUUCGCACUGCGGCCCUUAAUGGCAAGGCACAACGCAAAGCACAGCAGUCGUCCUGAGUGGUGAAGUAGUAUCUAUAUUAGCUUCCAUCGGUGUGUUAUAUUAAUAUAUAAAUGCCCCUGUGAUUGGUGAGUUUAUGCCAAUGUCUGUUGCUACUUAUGCCUGGAGCCUUGCAGUGUUGAACUUUAAUUAGAACUUCCCCUGUACCGCUGUACGUACUCUAUCUUAUCUUAGUAUAAAACAUAAUUAUGGAGUUGAACACU